AUGAAAAGUAUCCAAGAGUCUUAUACCUUCGGAAAUAAGGAACAUAAUCACGACCCUCCACGAUGCACGCAGCUGAGCAACGCUUAUCUACUGCCGUCUCGAGGUGGAAAACAUCCUAUGCUAUUGCUCAACAGAUAUACAUACAAGAAGCAACGUGCUUUUGCUUCAGGCAAAGUGUUAUGGUACUGUUCCAGUAGAAUUGCAAAGAACUGCAAAGCGUUUGCCAAAAGCGUAGGCGACAUUUAUAUAUUCGGCGGUGUACAGCACACUCAUCCACCUCCAGGUUAUAAACCAACCGACCGACCAAUGGAGCCUGAUAAUGAGAAAUAUGUGGGUACAUCUCGAAGAGGCGGCGAGAUUCUUCAUUAUCAAGGUCAGGUGUUCAAUCUCCGAACCAAAAGUGCCGCAGGCAAAAAGACAUGGUGUUGUAAAUACUACUAUAAUUGCGCAGUAAUUUGUCCUGUCAAGAUUAAAACAUUGGGUACUCAACUAGAAACUGUUAAUUUUACAGGUGAUGAUAAUGAAAACUUAAAUUUGAUUAUAACAGACAUUACUUCUGAAGCGAAUGUACAAAAUGAAUCGGACGAUGAUGUUAUCGAAGUUGUUAGAGAUGAAGCGCCCAUUGAAAUUUUAUCUGAUGAUGAAGAGACUGAAUUAGAAAGAUCUAAGCUAGUAACAGCAGUAGAUGAGUUUCUGUUUGCAGAUUUGCCAGCCAGACUUGAAAACUCUAUCGAUAAAGCGAAGAAUUCUCCCAUAGAUCCUCUUUUUAGUAAUACUUAUUUAGAAAGUAGUAUAGAUGUGACAGAUUGUAACACAGGUCAAAAUGAAGUUACAAAUAAUCUCGAGGAUGAAGAAAGGAGUACUAUUGUUAAUGUAACUGACCUUUUAAGUGAUAAUCAAAGGAAUGAAGAACCUGGAAUUAAUUUGCCUCAUACAGAAAAUAAGAAAAUUGAUAAUACAUCAAUUCCAAAUGUUCCUGAUGAAGGUUCGACCGAUAAUAAGAGUGACUGACGUUAUGCUUUAAUAUAGAAAUGUAAUUUUUUUGCUAUUCUUUAAGACA